AUCGGAGCUCCGAUCAGGGUUUUAGUGGUUUCCUUCUCUCGAGUCGUUCAACAGUAAGGGCUUAGGGCUUCGAGUAUCAAUAGCCAGACCAGAACACCAUUUGGGUAACCCAACCGAAUUUUCCAAGCCACCAUGGGUUCGUACAAGUCUGCUAUGGAGUUAUGGAGAAAGAAGGAGACUGAAGUUUUGAGGGCCGUACUGAGACAGAAAUGGCGGGAGUACCGUGCUUUUCACUCAACUGAGAUCAUACCAGAUAAACUGAUGGGAGUGAUAAAAUCAGGCUCACAAACACAUUUUAAUGUAAAUAAGAAUGAUAUCACAAAGGUCCUACUUAGAAAUAACGAAUUUACUCAUCUUCAUCAAAGGCAGUAUACAAGAGAAUGUAUAGUUCGUCCAUGGUCGCAUUCACAACUCAUGAAAAAUUAUUGGGGAAGCACUAGGACUCCCAGUUUAGCUAGAUCCAUAUCAUCACAGGCUCCAAAGGAACCAAGAAAAAAUUCCAAAGAGACUAAAAAAGACAUAUCUACCGUUGAGGAUCCCUUUGAUGCUCCAACAUAUAAUAUUCCAGAGAAGCCAGUAUCAUUUACAGAAGGGGCUUCCUACAGUCUUAUCAUUCUUGCGGGACUUGGUGUUGCUGCAGCUGCAGGAUAUGCUGUUUUCAAGGAGCUCAUAUUUGAACCCAAAGAGUAUAAAAUAUUUGGCAAGGCUCUAAAGAGAGUUCAAGAUGAUGUUGAGGUAAGGGUGAGAGUUGGUUACCCUAUCACGGGAUAUGGUCAAGAAAGUAGAAAUCGUGCUGCUCGCCAACGCAUUCCCAACAGGGCAUGGACUGAUGAAGAGGGCGUGGAACAUGUAGAGUAUAUAGGUGAACUUUUAUAUUCGUGGACCUAAUGGAGCUGGGAAAGUCUUUGCCGAGAUGUACAAAGACCAAGCAGACAAACAAUGGAAAUUUACUUACUUGAUUGUUGAUAUCAAAUCACCUUCCCCUAAACAGUUGAUUUUAGAGUCAUACUUACCAGCUUAUGCUCCAGCUUAAGAUUCAGUCACUCUUCCCAGCGAAGAAUAAGAAAGGUCCCAUAACAAUGUUUCCAUCUGUGCCAAAUUAAUAUGGCAUAGAAGCAUAGUUAUGUUAAUAACUGUUUUCUUUUUCAUCCCAAUUUUUUCUCGAAAGGGUUGAGUUGAGGUAUAAAUUGUUUAUUUUUCUUCUCUAAGUUUUUGAGGCCCAAAUUUACAAUGUUUUGAUCUGUUGAAACAAUAAUUAUAGUGGCAUUGACCAUCGAGAAUUUUUUGUAUCUUAUUUUUGAUUUCGAGAUGUUGAGAACUAUGGUACCCGUUUGGUUUGCUUUGA